AUGGCAAAUUAACAAACAAAUAUCAACUCUUUUAAUGAUGAAUUCAGAAUAACCAAUACUUCUAAGGAAGAAUUAUUUGAAAAGGCGAAAUCCCUUUACUAAAGUGAAUAGAAAAUUCUAUAUGCUAUGGAAAUAUUUAAUGUAAUAAAUUAUUAGAAUAUUAGUUUAUAGCAGACGGUGUAGAUAAUGUCUUGUAAAUAUUAUAAAAUUCUUUAUUAUAACUAUUACAACAUUAAGAUAAUCGAAUCUAAGAAUUAACCAUACAAAUUAUAUCAAAAUUACUUUUAAAACACAAUUUCCAGGAAUUAAGCAGAUAAGUUUUAGAUUUAUUGUUGGAUGAAAUUAUUUGGGAUGAAGAGGCCCUUUAUACUUAUGAUGACACCUAUAAAUUUGCAAAAUAACUCCUCAAAGAGCCAUUCCCAGACAUUUAAAAUAACAUUAAGGUAUAAGAACCAAUAUUUAUUCAUAAACAUUAUUAUACUAACAAAAAAUAAUUCUACAACAUUUAAGGUUUAUUGGGAUCAAUGUAAUUAUUUCUAUAACAUAAAUACAAUUUCGAUAAAUGUAUUGAAGUAAUUGAAAUCAUUUAAAGGACAUCAAAACACUCAAAUAAAUAUGUAAGAUAAUAUGCAUAGAAAUUUGUUCAUCAUCUUCUUCAAAAAUAUGAGAGCAAUGAGUAUUAAACAAUUAUUGUUUCAACAAUUUAAUAAGGUUUGAUGGAUGAAUCACUUGAAGUGAGAAUGUAAGCACUUAUGGAAUAUUAAACUCUGAAUCCAAAAGAUAAAGAUUGUUUUAUAAUACCUUUACUUAACAAUUGCCAUACUGAUAAUUUGAUGGAAAUUGCUAUCAACAUUGUUCAAGAGCAAUUUCUUUCAUUUGGAGGUCCUCCUUUUUUGGGUCUCAUUACAAUAAUAAAAGAUAGAUUCCUCAAUGAAUGUCUCAUCUAUAAUUAUAAUUGUACAACAAAUCAAUAUUAUUAAAUCAGAAUUAGUGGACUAUUAACUCUUUAAACAGUAAUCUUAUUCUUAAACCAAACACCGAAUUAAUUGCCAUAUAAUGAAAUAUUGAAGGUAGCCUAAAAUUGCACUUUAUUUGAAAUCAAUCCUAUGGUCAGAUAGGCUGGAUUUAGUUUGAUGUAUCAUUUAAUAAGAUUAAAUAUUUUUGAUCUUAUGCAAUAUCAAUAAAAAAUUAUAGAUAAUUGCUUAUUACAUCUAAGUGAUGCUUUGGAAUGCAAAGUAUUUUGUUCAAAAAUAUUGGCAUUACUUAAUGAUCAUACUGAUUUAAUAAAAUAUUUCCAAUAAAAAAUUUAAGUUGUUAAGGAUAAGGAAGUAGCUUAUUAAGAUUUUGUUAGACUUUUUCCAAAUUCAGAAGAGGCAUAAAUUCUUUUAUAAUAAAAUUUAGAUGCUUAAGGAGGGAAAGAUAAACUUGUAAGUACACAUCAAUCUUAAACAUUACUUGGGAUUACUAUGUGUUUUAAGGAAAUCUCCAUUUUAAAACCAGAUGAAUAAGUAUUAAAAUAAUUGAUUAUAAUGAUAUCCUCUUGUUUGAAAUCUAUAGACUAGCAAAGUCAUUUCAUUUUAUAAUGUUUGAUUGAAGGAUUAUAAGAGUUAAAGAUGUUUUAAGGAUUACCAAUCAAAUUACUAGAUAAAACAGAAAUCUUGGCUUUUAUGAAAUAAUAAAAUGAGACAGAAUUGUUGGAUAGAAUAGAUGAGAUAGUUGAAACAAAUAAAUGA